AUGGAAAUGAAGAGAAAUACAACAAAGUUGUUGUGGCUGUUGAUAUUCCUUUCUGAUGGUGUGCCAUUCAGCUAUGAGAAAUCAAUGAGAGACAGAGCUAUUGAGCUGAUGCAAGACGCACGUUUAAUCGAUGGCCACAAUGACUUUGUACUGAAACUGAGAAUAUUUUACCAAAAUAGGCUCAGUAGAGUCAACUUAAGAGAACUCAACAAGACCCACACAAACCUUGUGAAACUCCAGGCUGGUUAUGUGGGAGCUCAGUUUUGGUCAGUGUAUGUUCUUUGCAGCGCUCAGAACAGAGAUGCUGUGCGUCUGACCCUAGAGCAAAUUGAUGUUGUCAAGAGGAUGUGUAACAGCUAUGAAGAGCUGGAGCUUGUGACAACUUCCCAAGGUAUCUCUGACAGCAGAAGGAUUGCGUGUUUGAUUGGAAUAGAAGGUGGUCACUCCAUUGACAGCAGUUUGGCAACACUGAGGAUGUAUUAUGACCUGGGUGUUCGUUACAUGACUUUAACACACUCCUGCAAUACUCCUUGGUCAGAAUCAUCAUCCAAAGGAAUACACAACUUUUAUCCUAGUGUUAUUGGUCUGACUGCAUUUGGCCAAGAAGUGGUAAAGGAGAUGAAUCGCCUGGGUAUGAUGAUAGAUUUAUCUCAUACUUCAUAUUCCACAGCUAAAGCUGCACUGAAUAUCUCAAAAGCACCAGUAAUUUUCAGCCAUUCAUCAGCAUUUUCUGUUUGUAAUCAUUCAAGAAAUGUUCCUGAUGAUAUCCUCCAGCAACUGAAAAAGAACAAGGGUAUCAUCAUGGUGACUUUCAAUGCAGAUGUACUGGCCUGUGGCAGAGAAGUUGUUAAUGUUUCUACCCUUGCAGAUCAUUUUGACCAUAUAAAGAAAAUUGCAGGUUCAGAAUGCAUAGGAAUUGGUGGUGACUACGAUGGAGUGGAACGUUUCCCAAAGGGAUUGGAAGACGUCUCUAAAUACCCUUCUUUGAUUGAGGAACUUCUUAGAAGAGGAUGGAAUGAAACUGAACUAAAAGGGAUCUUAAGGGAGAACUUCCUCCGUGUCUUCAGGGAAGUGGAAAAUGUGCGGGACAUUAGUGCAGCAAUGGGCAUAGGUGAAAGUGAAAUUCUGCAAGAAGUACAAAAUUCCUGUCGCCUAGACCUACGAAAUUAUCAGCUUCAGACAGCCUGGUCCUCCAGAUCUCCUUCUGUGGCACAACCUUUUAGCCUCACACUUGUAAUUGUAACAUUUUUAAUGGUGUAUUAUGAAUCAUAA